CCUCUAUAUAGAGUCCCCUCCCUCUAUAUGAAAACAGCUUCCCUUGACCUGUCCAUUAUUUUCUUCUCAUCUCAGAGAUGGUUCACGCCCACUAACGCUCAUAUCUGCUUCUGGUUAUAAUGAUGGUAGAACUCCUUCCAUGUUCUAAAAAUAAUGCAUGCUUAUGUUUCACGUGUUGGUCAUCAGUUAUCUUGUUUCCAUCCUCCUUCCUGUAUCCUGCUGACCAUAGUACGUCCAGCUGUCAUAAAUAUACGUUUGGUCUUAUGUACUCUUUCAAAAAUAGAGUAUAGUCUGGGUGUCGUAUGGUCUGAUGUACUCUUUCAAACAGAGUAUAGUCUGGGUGUCGUAUGGCCUGGGUGUCAUCUUCUCUGUGCAGGUCCUUGCUACUUCAGCCUGGCAACUAGACCUAUUUAUAUAUAAUGCUUUUGCUCUCCUUAAUGGUUUGCUCCUACACCACGAGGCUACCUGCCGCCCCAAAAUAAGAUGUAGGCCUAUCAGGGGCUAUUAGUUAGUUUUCAGGCCUUAUGGGCGGGUUUUGAGUCGUCAUUGGGCUAGAAAAAGUAAUUGAACUAAAUCACGACUGUUUGGAUGUGUCUGUUAGUAAAUGUUUUAUUUCUAAAAGAUAAAAGAGAACAAUAUACAUUCAAUAAUUAUUUGUCACUGUGUUAACCUCAACCAACAUGCUGGAUCUCUGUUUAGUUGUCACUGUGUUAACCACAACCAACAUGUUGGAUCUCUGUUUAGUUGUCACUGUGUUAACCUCAACCAACAUGCUGUAUCUCUGUUUAGUUGUCACUGUGUUAACCACAACCAACAUGUUGGAUCUCUGUUUAGUUGUCACUGUGUUAACCACAACCAACAUGUUGGAUCUCUGUUUAGUUGUCACUGUGUUAAUCACAACCAACAUGUUGGAUCUCUGUUUAGUUGUCACUGUGUUAACCACAACCAACAUGUUGGAUCUCUGUUUAGUUGUCACUGUGUUAACCACAACCAACAUGUUGGAUCUCUGUUUAGGGGUCAGUGCUCUAAAAUGAUUCUCUCUGGGGAGAGAGAGGAGGGGGACCCUGCUUCUAAAAUGAGUCUCUCUGGGGAGAGAGAGGAGGGGGACCCUGCCUCUAAAAUGAGUCUCUCUGGGGAGAGAGAGGAGGGCACUGCCUCUAAAAUGAGUCUCUCUGGGGAGAGAGAGGAGGGCACUGCCUCUAAAAUGAGUCUCUCUGGGGAACAUGAUACCAAAACUAAGAGACCAAUCAAGCAGGAGAGACCAGCCUCCCCUGUUCCCAGCUGUGUGUCCAUGAAGAGUGACCGGUCUAUGGAACCUCCUAUAUUCUUUAGAGAGGGAGACUUUUCUACUGAACAAAGGUUUAAGGGCAACGUAGCACGUCUGGUGAACAGGGCAGAGUCCCAUAUCAUCAGGCAAACCAGUAGAAACAGGAUCAGCAGCACAACAAGAAACCAACAGGAGAGAUCAGAGUCAGAGAUUCUCAGUGGUCAGUCUUCCCAGAGUCAUCAAACAGACCUGGCCUCCAUAUUCAGUAUGCUUGAAGAUAAAAUUAUGACAUUUGUGAAGAACGAGCUGAAGAUGUUCAAGAGGAUUCUUAGUCCAGAAUUCCCAGAAGGCUUUGAGAGUCAGAAGCAGGAUAAGGAAGUGGUGGAUGCUGAAGAUGAGAAGCAGGAGAGCAGUGCCAGAGAGGGGGCUCUGAAGAUCACACUGCACAUCCUGAGGAAAAUGAACCAGAAGGAGCUUGCUGACACACUGGAGAAAUGUAAGAUCUGUCUGCCUCAUGUUGAAUGAUGUUUUAUAACAUUU